AGCUUUAUUAUGUAAACGUUGUUGGUUAUGUGUGAACUUUUGCUUAAUGUAGUGUGUGUAGAAGUGUCUAGAAUUUGAAUAUUUAUUAUGAAUGUACUUUAUUGCAAACCUAUGGAUAAAAGCAGUCAUAACUGGUGCUGCUUAGUUUGAGCAGACCACACAAAUAGACUGAGAUACAUAAGAUGAGACUAAUAUAUUGUUUCCUCUUCUAGACAAAGAGAAGUACCUUUGGAGGCUGCGCUUGAUUGAAGAAGGAGGUCCUUGGAGUGUGUUUAUCUGUGUGUGUGUGUGUAAUCCCAAUCACCCAACUCCUCUAUCCUCUGUCUGCUCAAUCUGUUGUCCCUGCCUUCUUUCUGUCUCCCUGUAUUUCACGCUCUCGGCCUUGUGGAAGUACCCGGGCCACCAUUGAAAAAAACAAACAAGAAAACAUUUGAGAAGAGAUAUCAUUGAAAAAAAAACAUUUGCAGAAGAACAUUCGCAGAACAUUUGCAGAAGAACAUUUUAAGAAGAUUUGACUUUGACAGACAAAUACCCCGUGUGACACAGCAUUGUGUGACAGGACUGCAUUGUGAAUAUUGACCUUUGAAAAAGAAAGACACCCUGUAACACAGCAUUGUGUGACAGGAUCACAUUGUGUGACAUUGAAUUUUGUAACUUGCAUCUCUUUGGUGUUACCAGUGACAAUGCCUAGAAAAGGAAAGAGGUCUGCAGCUUUAAAACAGCGCUGGCAGAAGUUUGGUGAGUCUCAACAAUCUGUACCUGCUGAACAGUUGGUGAGUUCUCCUCCUCACAGCAACAGAGAGGUAAAUGUUCCUCAACCAUCUCAUGCUAAUGUUACACGUGUGUUAGCAUCCCGCAGUCAGAUGCAUAAAAAAUAUGCUGAUUCCAAAAACAGUCAGUGCACCUGUAACUCUGCCACAUUUCUAGCUUUCCUGCACGAGUUGAAACACCUUCAAAGCGCAGACCUUGAUCUUGUUUUAGAUCGAGGCCAUGCAAUGUAUGCACUUACUCUGAGUCAGCUGAUUGCUGACGGACGCCAUGUUCACACACACUUGAAUACAGAAGAAAUUCCUGAGGUAGUUCUUGGCUACAGACAGCAACACGUAAUGGAAAAAUGUGAUCCAAAGUUUGGCCUGUUCACAGCUCCUCCUUGCAAUGACCAUGAUGGUGACAAACUGAAACUUGCAGACAGACUGCGAUGCUUGUCAUCAGAGGUGAACUACGCUUUGUUGAUUCUGAACUCCCUGUGCAUCGCUGUAUUCCGAGACCAACAAGGCAGGUAUGGCUUUUUUGACCCACACUCUAGACGACCCGAUGGCUCACCCUUUGGCCCAUUUGAGACCUACCAAGCUCGUUUUGGCAAAGCUGUCAUGUUCAUUUACACACAUUUGACUGAUCUGAUAACAAAGAUUGUCACAUUUUUCGAAAAGUCAGGAACCAACCCGAAAGCUCAGUAUGAGCUAUUGCCUGUGAUUUUUCACAAUGUAGAUGAACUUUCUGUGGAUGAAAACUUGGCACAUGCAGAUUCUAAUGCAGAUGUUACCACAGACCUUAACCCUAUGUCCAGUGUUACGCAGGCUGAAAGUGAAACAUCUGUACCGUCAUGCUCAGUGACACAGAGCACAGUCUGUGUUGACAGUACACCAGAUGUAAAUGAACUAUUGCAUGUUACCACCAGUGAAGGUGCAGUGGAAUAUCCUACGUCAGACACAACAAAACAUAACAAUGAACACGUGCCAGAUUUGUCAAAAUAUUCCAGACAAGAAAAGAAACGGCUUAAAAAAAGAGCUUUGGCUAUGGGAAAGAAAAAAGUUACAUAGGCUGAAACUG